AAAAAAUCUCGAGCGAGACUCCGAGCUUGCAGGCCCUCUUGGACUUUCUCCUCCCGCACGCGAUCAAUUGUACAGCCCCCGACGUGUCAAUCCCUUGUCCUGAGUUCUGCCAGCCUUCCUUGCCAUUCUUUUUUUGUGUAAACAACUCGAGCUCGCAAUAUGUCGCCCCCAGCUCGCACAACGGAGAAGGAGUCCAACCUGGCGCGCCUGCUGGGCUCUGGCUCUGCUGGUAUCUCUGAGCUCGCUGUCUUCCACCCUGUCGACACGAUCGCGAAGCGACUCAUGAGCAACGAGACCAAGAUCAGGAACUCUUCGCAGCUCUCCGCCGUCAUCUUCAAGGACAAGGCCGCCGCUCCUAUCGGCCGGAAGUUCGUGUCACUGUUCCCUGGCCUGGGAUACGCAGCGGGUUACAAGGUCCUCCAAAGGAUAUACAAAUAUGGCGGACAGCCCGUGGCCCGUGACUACCUGACCAAGCACUAUGGCUCGGAUUUUGAGAACGCCUUUGGCAAGAAGACUGGCAAGGCCAUCCUGCACUCCACCGCAGGGUCGCUCAUCGGCAUCGGCGAAAUCGUCCUCCUGCCCCUCGACGUGCUUAAGAUCAAGCGCCAAACAAACCCCGAGGCGUUCCGCGGCCGAGGUGUGCUCAGGAUUGUCGCAGAUGAGGGCUUCGGGCUGUACAGGGGCUGGGGCUGGACGGCGGCGCGGAAUGCUCCCGGCAGCUUCGCGCUGUUUGGAGGCUCGGCCUUCGCCAAGGAGUACAUGUUCAAGCUGCAGGACUACAACAAGGCGACAUGGUUCCAGAACUUCGUCGCCUCUAUCGCCGGCGCGACAGCCUCUCUUGUCGUGUCCGCGCCGCUCGAUGUCAUCAAGACGCGCAUCCAGAACAGGAACUUCGAGAACCCCGAGAGCGGGUUCCAGAUCCUGACAAAGAUGGCCAAGAACGAGGGCAUGGGCUCCUUCUUCAAGGGUCUUGUCCCUAAGCUCCUCAUGACUGGACCCAAGCUGGUGUUCUCCUUCUGGCUUGCCCAGACACUGAUCCCGGCUUUUGACAAGGUGCUAGCCAAGUAGGAAAUGGCACAACAGCUGUUGUCUUGAUGAAGUGGUCACGAUGUACAAAGUCUAUAAUAGAUCGGCCGGGGGUAAUGGCGUUCAGCAGGUGCAAAAUCAUUUGUCUGGUUCUUUGGCAGGUCUCCACGAGCAAUAAGGUCCUGGCCCUGCUCACGUUCCUGUCUACCAAGAGCAGGGAUACUCGGGUUAGAAGGGCUGGCCGGAAAAAAAUACCCAACUCUUUUGAAAGCAAAAACGGCCUGUUGGUCUGUGUGGCCCUCUCGGCGCUUGUGGCCGUGUCAUGAGUGUCGCUGCGCCUACUAAGGUACUCCCGGCACCCUUGCAAUCUGUCCGCCAACCUUGGAAGUCGGCGUCUGGACCACAUAUUGCAUGAACUCCUCAGAAGCUGUCUAUCCUUGAAACUGCCACAGCCUCGAUCAGAUCUGGCCCAAGUUCACCCCUGGCAUUUUAAGGUUACAUCCAGGCUUCGUCAGAGCGGCAACUCCCACCGUUGAAACGGCUUCGUAGGGCUGAGGUUCACAAUGCAUAUCAACUAGACAAUGUUGAGUCUACCACCACGGGCCAACUACACAGCUUGCACCUAGCACGGACCACGAGAAUUGAAGGACCAAGAAGGCCGGUUCAGAAAUGCUGGCGAGGUCACGGGCGGUUGUUCCUUUACCCCCCGUGGAAAAUGCAUGGUGUUGCCGCAUCAAUUUACAUCCAUCUAGCCUUGUGAUAUUUUUUUUCUGAACUAGACGCCAAGCGCAACAUUACUCGCACAAGUAGGGAAGCCCCUUUCGCAGCAGUUAGCUAGGCAAGAUGCCAUUCGUAUUCACUAUUACCAUUCCAUGGUAACAAUCGUCCCCGAACCAAUUGCAAUGUGGGCAUUUGUGAGCUAGCGGCUUUCAACAGCCCACCAACAAGGCUGAUGCCGUUAGGAUGCACCCAUGAAGGCUUUG